AUGAUGGUAUCAAAUCUUGAAUGGAUUGAAGGCGUUGCAAUUCUUGUUGCUGUUCUUGUCGUUGUAUUUGUUACUGCAUUUAAUGAUUGGAGAAAAGAACGACAAUUUCGUGGUUUACAAAGUAAAAUUGAAAAAGAUCAACAAGCAUCUGUUGUACGAGAUAAUCAUAUACAACAAAUUCCUGUUACAGAUCUUGUUGUUGGUGAUCUUUGUUUUAUUAAAUAUGGUGAUCUUUUACCAGCUGAUGGAGUUAUAGUUCAAUCCAGUGAUCUUAAAAUCGACGAAUCUUCUUUGACAGGAGAAACUGACUUAAUAAAAAAGGGUGAAAAUGAAGACGUUGGAUUAUUAUCAGGUACGCAUGUCAUGGAAGGUAGUGGUCGAAUGGUGGUUAUGGGUGUUGGACUUAAUUCUCAUAUUGGAACAAUAAUGAGUUUACUUGGUGCAACAGAUGAUGCAAAGAAAUCAAAAGAUAAAAAAGAUAAUAGAAAAUCUAAAACAACGACACCAAAAACUCCAUCUGAUUUACCAAAACAACAAACAUCAGCAAUAUCUGAAAAACACUUGCAUGAAGAUCAAUUAAGAUCAGUGAAAAUAUCCACAGAUAAAAAUGAUACUGAAACAGAUGAAAUUACUAGUGAUAGUAAAAGAAAAUGUGAAAAAAAAGCAAAAAUUGCUGCGGCUGUACCGACUGAAGAGACAGAAGAUGAAAGUAUUGAAACAGGUGACGCUAAACAUAAAUCGGUUCUUCAAUCAAAGUUAUCUAUUCUAGCUUUAUACAUUGGUUAUAUUGGUAUGUCUGCUGCUUUUUUAACAUUAAUUUGCUUAAUCGUCCGAUAUUGUAUUACAACUUAUGUUAUUAAAAAACAAAAAGCCUCAGGAAUUGAUGUUGGUUAUUUUAUUUCAUUUCUUAUUCAAGCUAUUACAGUCGUUGUUGUUUCGGUACCAGAAGGUCUUCCAUUGGCUGUCACACUUGCUCUUGCUUAUGCUGUUCGAAAAAUGAUGACUGAUAAUAAUCUCGUUCGACAUUUGAAUGCUUGUGAAACAAUGGGAAAUGCAUCAACAAUAUGUUCAGAUAAAACAGGAACAUUGACAACGAAUCGUAUGACUGUUGUACAAACCUAUAUCACUGGUAAUGAACAAUUACCGAAAGCAGAAGAAGUCAAUCAACAAGUAUUACAAUUACUUUUUGAAUCUAUAUCUGUUAAUACAAAUUAUACAUCAAAAAUAGAGGAAUCAAAACAAGAUGAUGGUGGUUUACCAAAACAAAUUGGUAACAAAACUGAAUGUGCUUUAUUAGAUUUAGUACGAAAAUGGGGUGGAUCAUAUGAUAGAAUCCGUCAAGAUAUUCCCGAAGAAAAAUUAGUUAAAGUAUAUACAUUUAAUUCUGCACGUAAAAUGAUGAGUACAAUUAUUCAACGUGAUGAUGGUUAUCGAGUUUAUACAAAAGGAGCAUCAGAAAUGGUUUUAACAAAAUGUAAAUCAAUUAUUUGUGAAAAUAAUCUAUUAAAAGAAUUAAAUGAUAAUGAAAAAAGUCGUUUAACACAUGAUGUUAUUGAAAAUAUGGCUAAUAAUGGUUUAAGAACAAUUUGUAUUGCUUAUAAAGAUCUUGGAAAAGAACAACAAGAUUGGAACAAUGAAGAAAAAAUUGUUAAUGAUUUAAUUUGUAUUGCAAUUGUUGGAAUUGAAGAUCCUGUUCGAAGUGAAGUACCAGAAGCCAUUGAAAAAUGUCAACGAGCAGGUGUUGUUGUUCGAAUGGUAACAGGUGAUAAUAUAAUGACAGCUCGUUCCAUAGCAACAAAAUGUGGUAUAAUCAAACCCAAUGAAGAUUUUCUCAUACUUGAAGGAAAAGAAUUUAAUAAACGUAUUCGAGAUUCAUCUGGAAAAAUUUCACAAAAAAAACUUGAUGAAAUUUGGCCAAAACUACGUGUUUUAGCACGUUCGUCACCUCAAGAUAAAUAUAAUUUAGUUAGUGGUAUUGUUGAAAGUCAAGUAACAAAACAUCGUGAAAUUGUUGCUGUUACUGGCGAUGGUACAAAUGAUGGACCAGCACUUACACGUGCUGAUGUUGGAUUUGCUAUGGGUAUUCAAGGGACAGAUGUUGCAAAACAAGCAUCUGAUAUCAUCAUAACUGAUGAUAAUUUUUCAUCGAUUGUUAAAGCUAUGAUGUGGGGAAGAAAUGUUUAUGAUUGUAUUGCAAAAUUUCUUCAAUUUCAAUUAACAGCUAAUUUAUCAGCUGGUUUUAUUUCUGUUGUAUCAGCUGCAGCUAUUAGCAGUGUUCCAUUACGAGCUGUACAAAUGCUUUGGGUUAAUCUUGUUAUGGAUACAUUAGCUUCACUUGCUCUUGCAACUGAGCCACCAACAGAAGAAUUAUUAAAUCGAAAGCCAUACGGACGAACAAAAUCAAUAAUAUCACCAUUAAUGUUACGAAACAUUAUUGGACAAUCAUUUUAUCAACUUGUUAUUAUGUUUGUUAUACUUUAUGCUGGACAAUAUUUCUUAGGUGUUGAAUCAACAGUUCAAAAAAUUCAAAAUGAUCCACAUGCAGCUAGAGAAUUAAGUGACCAAUUUACAUUAGUAUUUAAUGCAUUUGUAUUAAUGACUUUAUUUAAUGAAAUUAAUUCAAGAAAAUUACAUGGAGAAAGAAAUGUAUUAAAAGGAUUAUUUCGAAAUCCAUUCUUUUAUUGUAUUUGGAUUUUUUGUUUUAUUGCACAAAUUUUAAUUGUUACAUUUGGUGGUCGAGUAUUUAGUUGUGCACAAUUGAAUAUUACACAAUGGGCAUGGAGUUUACUCUUUGGUGUUGGAUCACUUGUAUGGCAACAGAUUAUAUUAUUUAUCCCAACUAAACCAUUUAUUCUAUGUUUUUCGGCGAUAUAUCGUGUUUGUUGUCCAUGCUGCUAUAAGACACAAGAAGAAAAACGUGCCGAAGAAAAAGCUAUUCGAAAAUCAGUUCAAGCGGCUCAAUCACGACGAAUAUCACGAUGGAGUGAUGGUGAAUAUAUGCCAUUUAGUACGAUUGGUCAAUUAACAAGUGCAACUGUUGUUGCUGAACCACCACCUACCAUUGCUAAAUUUAUGCUCCGAAAAAGUGUUGAUCGACUUAAUUCAGAGUUUCGUGUUAUUAAUGAAUUUCGUACACGGCUUGAAGAACUCAAAGAUAAAAAACAUGAUGAAGUUGUUGAAUAUAAACGCAAUAGUCGAGCCAAUAUUCUUGGUGAAUAA